AUCCUGUACAGUCGCAGAGAUAACAUUAUCACACAAGACCUCAUCUCAGUAGCCAUUUGAGAGAGAGGAAAGGAAGAGAGAAGGCCAAACAAUGGCGGGCAAGGACGACGACGUGAAGGUGCUCGGCGUGGUGGUGAGCCCGUUCGCGAUCCGCGUACGCAUCGCGCUCGGCAUCAAAAGCGUGAGCUACGAGUACGUCGAGGAGGACCUCUUCAACAAGAGCGAGCUCCUCCUCAGCUCCAACCCGGUGCACAAGAAGAUCCCCGUGCUCAUCCACAACGGCAGGCCGGUCUGCGAGUCGUCGGUUAUCGUGCAGUACAUCGACGAGGUCUGGGCCGCCGCGGCGCCGUCCAUCCUCCCGGCCGAUCCCCAUGACCGCGCCGUCGCUCGCUUCUGGGCCGCCUACGUCGACGACAAGAUGUUCCCCGGUAUGUUUGGCGUUCUGAUGGCGGCGACGGAGGAGGAGAGGGCGGCGAAGGCCAACGAGGCGCUGGCGGCGAUGGCGCAGCUGGAGAAGGCCUUCGCCGAGUGCGCCGGCGGCGGGAAGGCCUUCUUCGGCGGCGACUCCAUCGGGUACGUCGACCUCGCGCUCGGGAGCAACCUGCACUGGUUCGAGGCGCUCCGCAGGAUGUUCGGCGUCGCGCUGCUCGACGCCGGCAAGACCCCGCUCCUGGCCGCCUGGGCGAAGCGGUUCGUGGAAGCCGAGGCGGCCAAGGGGGUGGUGCCGGACGCCGGCGAGACGGUGGAGUUCGCCAAGAAGCUCCAGGCUCGUACAGCUGCUUGAUUCCACCGCCGCUGCCGAGUGGAAAAAUUCGUCUGGGAUGGGGCCAAAUGGGUUCAUGGUAAUGCAGAUAAAACCGAGUGCCGUUUUAAGUCUUGU